GCAGUGUCGAAAUCUUCGACAACAGACCAUCACAACAUCAUGGCAGAUUUCGGCGAGCUUGUAUUAGUGCUUGGGGAUAUGCACAUUCCCCACCGCGCAGUAGACAUCCCAGAGAAGUUCAAGAAGAUGUUGGUGCCCAACAAGAUGCAGCACGUCCUGUGUACUGGCAACCUGGUGACGAAGGAGCAAUUCGACGAGCUACGCGAUUUGGCGCCAAAUGUCCACAUUGUCCGAGGCGACUUUGACGAAGGCUCCCACUACCCCGACAAAAAGGUCGUCACGAUCGGACAAUUUCGAAUCGGCCUCUGCCAUGGGCAUCAAAUUGUGCCGUGGGGAGAUGUCGACUGCCUUGGAGCUCUCCAGCGAAAACUGAACGUCGACAUCUUGAUCACGGGGCACACCCACGAGUACAAACUGCUCGUGCAUCACGGAAAGUGGUUCAUCAAUCCUGGGUCGAUUACAGGCGCUUACAGCAACUGCACCCCGGAUGUCGUUCCAUCGUUCAUCUUGAUGGCAAUUCAGGGCCCGAAAGUCGUGGCGUACGUGUACGAGCUCAAGGGUGGCGACACCGUCGUCGUAUCCAAGAGUGAGUUUGUCAAGGACAGCUAAACCAGAUCAAAAACAGACUCGGCUGUCUCCGCGGCGCCACUGUCGGUAGUUCCUGACACCGAAGGAAACGCAUGCGUCAAAUCGAGUAGUCGCGGCUGGUGUGUUCGAGGCUGGCAGAUACCGCACCUUCCCCAAUGGGACGAGCACGGUCACUGAUGCAAACAAGGAGCACGUGCU